AUGAAGAAACAGACUGGUGGGACGAAGAUAUCCCAAUACGAAGACACUUAUACGGUCGUAUACACCCCACCAUACCUCAAGAUGAGAUGUAUCGUCUUGGUUAUUAUGGUUUGCCUUUUCGGCGCACUUCUCUCAGUGUUCUUAGGUACCAUUGCUCUAUUGUUGGGCAGGCCGGUUGUAGUUGUUGCAACUAAGACUGGGUCUUUCUUAUUCCCUAAGUUUGUUUCAAACAAUAUUGACUGGUCUUUUGCUGACUGCUCUUCCCUAAGCGUUGGAAUCACAAUAGAGCUUCUUAUUGUCACAUUUAUUAGUGCUCAGCAGGAUGGAUUUGCCGUUGCUGAUCUUUUUGCUGAGCAGCAACAACACGCUGUUGGUAGAGUGUUAGAUGCGGGUAUGAGAGGAGCGGGAUACGCGAUACUUAAUAUGCUUUCCGAGUCUAUUGAGCAAGCUAUUGACGUUUAUAUCCAUAUGACUUAUAUUUCGCUGUUGGAAAGAUACUUUUUCGGGACGUCAUUGGCAGGGAGCGGAAGAGUUGUGACCUGGCGAGGAGUACUCUUACAUUGUGCUUUUCUUCCUUGGACCUACGGACAUAAGAUUUCCAAUGUUUUCAAGCUCUUUACAAACGUAAAUGAGCGUACAUCAUAUCAUAAGCUGAGGUUUCUUAGGCAUGUGGGUAUCUGUUCAUUUUUCCUUUUGGACCGCUAUUAUCGUGCUUCUCAAAUUCGGAAUGGUGUUGUACUCACAGACAGAGAGGACAUCAUGUUGAAAGGACUAACUUUGGCCAUGGUGGUGCUCACACAGAGUGCAUUUUAUCUCUCUUCCCUCCUCACGAAUCUUCUGAAGCAAAUCAGAGACGAAAAGUACGUGCGUGGAACUGCCAUUGAGAACUUGGAUGGAACAGAAGAUAAUUAG